AUAAAUCAUAUGUCCGUAAAAUGCUGAAAUUAYUACGCAAGAAAAUAGAGUCGUAAAGCUGAACAAAAACAACAACAAAAUAUAGCAAAACUAUGCCCGUGGGGGAGGGCAUCGUAGUUAUUWUGAAAUUCGAUACMCAUUUCGAUGACAAAGCCACAUUCAAAGCUUCGUAACAACUUGAACCUUUUUYGGAGGGGAAUAACAUUUUCCCAAUUGCGAGUUGCAACUCGCUUCAGUAGGAGAAAUGAAGUUGAGUUGCAGUUUAGGUUUAAUGUGUUGCGGCACGUUUGCAGUCUUUCUGUCCGGAGUUAUUUUCUUGGUAUUCGUCCGUGUUGAGCUUCAAAUAAACAAACGAGAUCGCCAACACAAGGAUCUGGUUGAAAGACUAUCGGCAAUUGAGAAGCGUUUUUCUUAUGCGAUGACUGAAAGCUCUGAAGCUUCUUCCAAUCGAAUACCUUYAAGCAUAUCUUCUGACAUAGCGAGGGUCCGUCGGAUGGCGCCAGACGAUUCAUCAGCGCGACCCGACGAAACCAAAGAACACUACGGUGUGGGGGACUUUGGACUUGUGACGACAAAGGAACAUGAAAAAGCUUUAAAGAAAUUAAGAACAGAACUCGAAAUAAAAAUACUUGACAUGCAAAAAUCGAAUUUUGUCACAAUCAAUGAAUACAAUUUCACACUAAGUACCUUAAAAAAAGACUUAAAGAAAAUUCGAGAAAGUACAAGAGAACACACCCAAGCCCUUGGCAACUUGACCAGAAAAUUACAACAUAGUGAAAGAAAUGUAUGGAGUCAGUUUGUCACUAGAAAAGAACAAACGGAAACUCUUUUUAACAUCUCAAAAGAAUUGAAACAAAUGAGAGGCAAAGUUCGUGUAGAGAGACCAAAAAUCUGCAGCAGUGUUUGUCCUAAAGGGCCACCYGGUAGUCCUGGCCCUAAAGGUAGUAGAGGUGUCAGAGGACCUCAAGGACCACCAGGCGAUUUAGGUGCUAUUGGGCUWAAAGGGGACAAGGGUGAACCAGGCUCCCCUGGUGUGACUGGAGGGAAUGUGAGGAAAUUGGAUGGUUUGCCGAGUGUAAUUGCGUCACCUACACUCAUAUCAGUCAUGGAAAAYCACACUGCUGUGUUUAUCUGUGCAACACAUGGGGACCCUACACCCGUUGUGACRUGGCGUCGUUUUGGGAAUCCUAUGUUUGGCGAUAGGUACGAGUUUACAUCAAGAGGAGAGCUCAAAAUACACAAAGCUAUUUUUGACGACAAGGGAAUGUAYGAAUGUGUGGCGAGAAACCAUCUCGGUAUUGCUGAAGCAUUUGUGCAGCUGCUUGUUCAAGCUCCACCAAGAAUCAAACCACUAUUUCAAGGUCCAAUAUUCGUCAGGAAUGGUGGAAUAAUUAAACUUCCUAUCUGUUCAGCCGAUGGCUAUCCUCCAGCUAUAGUCCAGUGGACUAAGUACCAUGGCAARAUUCCUACUUCACGCGCGAUAGCUCAAGAUGGAGAGCUUACAAUCUUUAACUCUAACUCCUCUGACUCAGGAAUGUACGUGUGUAAGGCGAGUAAUGAGAUUGGUCAGGCUGAAGCCGUCACACAAGUUGUCGUUGCAUCUUUACCUAAAUUUACAAUCAAACCGCCGACCAACAUGAGUGUGCAUGCUGGUGAUAUUAUGCGCGCCGACUGYAGUGGUUCCCAUGAUCCAACGCUCAAGGUYACAUGGUUAAGAAUGAAUGGUCUCGUACUAGGCCAUCGCACCAAUGUCAAUAGCAACGGCACAUUGACUAUUACCCAGGUCACAACGUCCGAUAGUGGCGAGUAUGUCUGUGAACUGAGCACCGAUGGCGGGAUUUUUAAGACAGAUGCGGUGCUAAAGCUUAGUGUGGUGACAAGUAAGUGUGAURUUAACAUAAUGGCCCUCUUUUGAAGGAUUGAAGCUGAACUGCUUUUGAUUCCGUCUGU